AUGGAGUCAACACGAAAUGUUGAGCUCACUUGUGCUGAAGUUGUUCGCGAUCUUUUAGACGCUACGCUGGCAAAUGAAAGCCCCAGUUCUUUUCAGAGCUCUUGCCCGGGUGGACGAAUGUUAACUAGCUCUAAAAAUAUUGAUGAGAAUUCCAACUGUACAUCGAAAAAAUCGAAAUCUAGUGGCGGCUUCACCUGCUGUGUCGCUGGUUGUUUCAACAACAACAAACAAAGUCCCGAGCUUUCCUUCUGCAAUUUUCCAAAUGAAAAAGCAAAGAAUCAGUAGAACUUCGAAAGAAAUGGAUACGCUUGAUUUCCCCGGGUAAAUUUUACGCCAACGAUAGGUCACAGAGUUUGUUCAGAGCACUUUUCUGGAGGCAAGAAAACUUAUACAAAUAAUUUGCCAACCAUUGUACCUAGUUUGCAAGUAACAAAGGUGGCCUAAACCCUGCAAUCCAAGACCGACUGUAAAAGCCAGGAACCGGACAUUCGUUUCAAAACAGAACAAUGCUAAUGGAACAAUACCACAGAGUAGACGCCGUUUAUUUUCCGAGAUUGAGGAAGAUGCAAAUUCAAACCUUGAAAAUAUUGAUCCAAAUGAUUCUGAAACUAUGCCUGCAGCUGGCAAACAAACAGUCGAGGAAUCAAGUGUUCUUGAGGAAAAGAUUGCUUUGCUAACAAAAGAAAACAAAAGACUUCAAGCUGAAAACGAGCAAUAUAAUAUUCAAGUUAUUCAAUUAAAGGAGGAAAUUAAACAUGAACAAAAUAAAAUGACUUUCUCUGUUGAAAAUUUUAAACAUGAUGACAAACUGAUCAGGUUUUAUUCAGGACUUCAGGAUUAUGCCACUUUUAAAGCACUGUUUGACAGCCUUGGAAAAGCAGUAAACAAUCUUAUUUAUUAUGGCAGUAAUACAAAUCCUGACAAUCUUACAUCCAGUGAUGCAAUGAAACAUGGUCCUAAAAGAUCAUUCUCACCCGAGCAAGAAUUUUUCUUGGUAUUAGUUCGCCUUCGUCUAGGACUGCUGGAAGAGGACCUGGCUGUAAGGGCUGGAAUUUCUCAGACAUACAUGUCGAGGAUAAUUAUCACAUGGUUGGAUUUUUUGCACUCUCGGUUUCGGUGUAUCCCUAUAUGGCCAUCAAGAUCUUCUGUUGAUCGAAACAUGCCAACAGCAUUCAAAGAAAUGUACCCAUCAACCUGAGUAAUCAUUGAUUGCACUGAAAUAUUUCUAGAAACACCAAGCUCUUUCAGAAGCCAAAGUGCUACAUAUUCUAACUAUAAACACCACAAUACUGCAAAAGGACUGGUUGGAAUCAGUCCUUCUGGAGCUGUAUCAUUUGUAUCAGAACUUUAUGCUGGGCAAAGCAGUGAUAAACAAAUAACAUUGGAUUGUGGAAUUCUAAAUUUGUUAGAAGAAGGCGACUCUGUCAUGGCUGAUAAAGGCUUUGAGAUAGAAGGUGAUAUGCCGCUGGGUGUUUCUCUCAAUAUCCCUCCUUCAUAUUUGACAAACUUUUUGCCACCUUUAAUAAAUAAUCCAGAAUAAUAGUGUUAAUACUUAGAGAGUGUAUUGAAAAAUGGACGUAUGGAAUUGAUUUGAACAAGAAUUAUUGUCGAUUUCAACUUAGUUUCCACUAAAAUGUUCCGAACUUCGCAAAUUCUUUGCAAAGUUCAAAAGCUGAUAAUGAAAUUUACAAAUCGGUUUUUAAACUGAGCAUUUGAUUGGCUGGUUUGAUUUAGUAGCCAAUCAGAGGUUUUGUUUACAAACCAAUUUGUAAAUUUCAUUAUGAACUUUGGGUCAUAUUCCAGAAAAGAUCCACACUCCCCUCACCGAGGAAAUUUCUGUCCUCCGGAGGGGAGAAAAAAUUGUUUCUGAUACCCCCUUUGGAUGUCCUAAUACACUUACUAUUAGGGGGGUUAACUUCCAAUUUCCUCUGUGGGCGAGGUAUGUAUGUUUUCUGGAAUGACCCAUUUUAGUGAAAACUAAGUUGAAAUUGACAAUAAAGCAUACAUAAAAGACACUAAUGAACACAAAAACAGGAAUUGUUGCAGUGGUUUUCAGUAUCUUCAGUUUAAAUGCUGUUUAUAUGCUAAGCAAUUGUCUAUAAUGUCAGAAAACAUUCACACCUCACCCAGAGAGAAGUAGGAGUUGAAUCCCCUUCUCUCUUUGAAUGUUUGGGAAGGGGAGUGACUUGAGACAAUGGUGAAUUGGAGCAAUUGUCCCUGUUUCAGUUCAUUCACACUUGUCCCAAUUCACCCCAUUUUACAGCACCAUACAUUACUAGUAGAUUUUUAUUUUUUUUAUUUAGGUGCUAAAAUAGGAAGAAUAAAUGAGCAAUAAAAAUGUGUUAGCUCUGGUACCAUUUUCUUCUCCCAGAGACUAAAGUCUUGAUGCAAUCUUUGGACAUGAAUGUUAGUAUAUAUGACAAAGUCAAGCCAGGGCAGUCCUAAAAUGUUCAUUGUCCCUUGGCACUGGUAGAAAUAUUCAUGUUUGUCCUUCAGCUUGAGGCCAGAGGUAGUGUUUUGACAGCAUCAAGUACUGUCAUGUCCUUCUUUGAGUAUGGACACUUUAUCUCCACACAUCCAACUACCGUAUCACCUUCCACAACAAUGCCAUCAGGACUGCAGCCAAGCCAUGGCCAUCUCGGACUUACCACUAGACCACAGCUUUUCACUUCCAAAUUUUCUUUAUUUCUCAAGUUUUUGUAUUUUUCUACAGCAUUGGACUCAUUCUCAAUACCCCAUUGUAGAGAAACUGGCAUACGAGAACUUUGGCAUUUAGUUUUCUCAGUGAUCGUUCUUACAAUCGAAUUUGGUUCAACUGUCUUUCACCUACUCAUCACCUUCCCGAAUACAGAUGCAGUUAUACGAACUGAUCUCUCAACAUACCAUUGUGCACUGGAACUUUGGUCUAUAGUUUUUAAACAGAUGUCCUUAGCUUGCUCAGGUGUUACAAACACUAAGGUUUCCAUUAGUUUCUUUUCAUCCGAACCCAAUUUAACAGUCUGGUCAAGCUCACAUGGUACAGAGGUAAAAACUUUGUCAACCAAUAGCUUGCCAGUAUUUGAUUCGACUGUUUCUAGAUCCAACUUAGACUUUGUCCUCUGAGCCUUUGCACAGGAUGUUUCAAACAUAUCACAUGGCUCAUAAUUGUUUGAUUCAAGUGUGUCACAAAGUAGUGAAGCUCUUUCACCUUCCCUAAGUACAUUCGCCAUUGAUUGUAUAUCGUCUUUGGUGACAGUCUGGGCAUAAGGUGGUGUGCUACAAUACUUCUCUCUGAUAGUACUUGAAUGCAUUCUUUUAUUGGUCUUGUUGUAUUGUGCUUUCUGAAACAACAGUUCGUCAAACUUAACAGCUUUGUUCAAUUUUUACGGCAGCCAGAAGGAAUACUCCACUUUUGAGCGACUUGUGUACACGUAAGGUCUUCAGGAAUCAUACUUAAACUCAAGUUAACAAAAUCCAACAGAGUGUAAAGCAAAGCAGCAACGUGUUUACAACAGCCACCUUGCCCUGCUUUACAAGUGCACUUUGCAUACUCGACUUCGCCACUCUUCUGGUCUAAAUGAACAUAAACAGGGUAACUUAUACUCUUCAUGGAUGCACUAACUAGCUUUAACCAGAAAUAGUUGAAUUUUACAUUGGACGUUUGCCUUGACUUGAAUAUUAUUGACAUAACAUUCUUUCCAAAGACCAUAUCCUUUCUUCAUGUUCCUAUGAGCCUUUGGCGCUACUUUGUCAGACAUUGUGCGGCUGUUAUUCACCAUUUUAUUUUCUAAUUUUUGGUGGGUAAACGGAGGAAUAUCUUGCAGUAAUUUUGUCCAUCCUUUGGUUUCGCUGUGCGGAAAACUUGCUGCAUCGUCGUCUAAAUCAACUUCGUCUUCGUCUAGUCUGAACAUAUUAACAACAGGCGAUAUUGGCCGAACUUCAGAGGACUCACUAUGACAUACAUCCCUUCCAGAGGCUCCCAUUUUUGCUUGAACAUCACCUUGACCACCCGUACAAGAGUUCUUAGAAGAACUAGGGUCACGAAGAAUGAUUUCAUUUUCAAAAAAAGCACAUGAAGUAUCGGUAUUUCCAGCGAACAAGCCCGCCAUUUUUGUUGUUUGGAAUUUACGGAAUUUGACUAUUAAGACCAGAAUUCAGCGCGCGCGUUAACGUUUAUGACGUCAUUAGGCGUAAGGUCUAUUGAAACAAACUAACUUGCGCUAUACUUUAGGAUUUAUCAUACAAUAUCAAUUCUUUUCAAUGUUUACGUUUAAAAAUUGCAAAAAAGUUGUACAAUUUGUUAUGUACAUGAAACGAUUUUCCAAGCUUUCUUACAUGUAUUUUUUAUAUUUUUUGCCUUCUUCACUCCUGGCAAACAGCCAUAUUUUGAGAUCAGUGAUGACCACCCACUCAACACCGUUG